GGGCACAGGUGGGUGGCACUGGUGGGCACAGGUGGGUGGCACUGCUGGGCACAGGUAGGUGGCACUUCUGGGCACAGGUGUGUGACACUGCAGAGUGGCACAGGUGGGUGCACUGCUGGGCACAGGUGGGUGCACUGCUGGGCACAGAUGGGUGAUCUACUGGGCACAGGUUGGCGGAACUUGUGGGUGGUACUGCUGGGCACCGAUCAUCAGGGCACUGAUCAUCAGUGCCCUGAUGAUCGGUGCCGAUCCUCGCUCUGACAACUGCCGGUUCUCAGCAGUACUUUCCUCACGAUCUGACAGCGUGAGGAAAGUGCAGCCGAGAACCGGCACUUGCAU